CUUUCCUUUCGGUGAUUUUUUCACCUGCGAAACACCCACCCAUCUCACACCUCAUCUGUCUGUCUCUCUCUCUCUCUCUCUCUCCAUCCAACAGAAACUACCCACCUCUCUCUCUCUCCCUCUCUCUCCGCGUACCAUUUUUAGGGUUCCUGACCUAUAUCUUCUGAAACCGAUCAGAGCAUCCUACCUAAUCAAGUGGGCAAUCAAUUCAUAACUUCACAAUCAUAAUCAACUCUCAAAAUCAUCUACUCAGCUAUGGAUUCUGAUUCUUGGAAUGCUCGCCUGUCUUCUGUCUCAAAGCACUAUCAAUCCGUCCUCCAAUCGCGACCUGAUAUGUUCAUGGAUUUUGAAGAAUUCGAGGGAGAUGAUGAUAUAAGGGAAGAAUUUCCGUGCCCGUUCUGUUCGGAGUAUUUCGAUAUCCUUGGAUUGUGCUGUCAUAUUGAUGAUGAGCAUUCUGUAGAUGCGAGGAAUGGGGUGUGUCCUGUAUGUGCAAUGAGGGUGGGGGUUGACAUGGUUGCGCAUAUAACCUUGCAACAUGGAAACAUAUUUAAGAUGCAACGCAAGAGGAAAUCCCGCAAGGGUGGAUCCCUUUCAACACUUUCUUUGUUGAGGAGGGAACUGCGAGAUGGAAAUCUGCAGUCCCUUUUUGGAGGAUCUUCCUGUAUAGUUACUUCGACCAAUGCAGCACCGGAUCCGUUGUUGUCAUCAUUUAUAUUGCCUAUGGCUGAUGAAAGUAUUAUGCCACACUCUGCAUCUGAAACAGUCUCCGUCAAGAAAAGCACAAAUGAGAAUGUUUCAGAAAGGAUUGUCCAAUCUCCUCCUCUAUCUAUUAAGGAUCAGAAGGAGAAGGCAAAAAGAUCUGAGUUUGUUCAGGGUCUGUUGCUCUCGACCAUUCUUGAUGACAAUUUAUGAAGGCUUUGCUGCGGCUGCUGUGGAUGUUGACUUCCAAAAUUCACGGCCGAGAGCAUUUGCAUGAGCAUAGUGUUGUUUGUAUGUUGCUAUAUUAAACAAGUGGAAUAAGAUGUAGUAGUAAUCAGUGUAAUUUAUAUUGCAUGUCGUAUCUAGUAGUUAAGGCAGGACCUUGUGCGUUUCUGCCCUAAUCUUGUAGUUCAUGCUUCAUUUCAGAAAAGAAAAAGAAAGGAAGAAGAAAACCUAUUCCCGUGUCUUGCUUUCCAUUAACUUCUGUCCGUGUUGAACAUUUUUCUGCUCCAGGCAUAUUCCCGUAUGUGGGAAGGCGGCGCUAAUACUUUCAUCGUUAAAUCUAUCGUGUUUGAUCCGUAAAUUCUAGAAAUCUUUGGAAGAAAGCUAUCACAGUUGGGUUUGCUGGUCUUAAAGCUUUCGUAA